AUGGAGCGAGUGAUGCGGAGCUUGUUUGUUCAGCUGGCCAACGACAAAAUCAAGUUCAUUUCAGUCAAUGCCGCUAUGGUGGAGGAGCUGGAAGAGUACAAGGGAUCAUCGCAGCCUACCUUUUUGUUCUACAAGAACGGCUGUCUCUUUCAUAUCCUCCGAGGUGCUCGUGCGGGUGAGUUUGCGCGAUUGGUCGAAAAGUACGCUCCUAGAGAUGAUGGCUCGGAUGUCGUCCCCGAGCCGCUCAAUCCAGAGCCUACGCCGCAUCCGCAUGAAAGCCAUGGUGCCGAUCCGCUGACCCUUGACUCGUCGGCCUCGACUUCUGCUCUUGCGGCAAAGACUGGGAAGGACGAGAUUACUGUUGAUCCUGAGGAGGAUGCUGCUGCUCGUACCAUUCAGCGCGCCUUUCUCGCCCGCAACCCGCGCCCAGCACCCGAGCCUGAAGCUGUUGCCGCACCUGCUGAGGCAGAGGUCCAGUCUGACGCUGCUGUCGUGCCGGCAGAGGCCGAGACAAAGGCUGCUGCCGCGGCCCCUGCCACGCCGGCCAAGGACGCCAGCGACGUGCAGGCCGCUGCCCGGGCCAAAAUCAUCGACUCCACACUCGUUCUCGGAUUGGUGGCCAAGGAUGUCGGCGGUUCGUCGUCGUCGGAUGAGGGAACAAACGAGUUUGGCGACAGAGUCCGGGUCCACGACGUCCACCCCGGCUCACCGGCUGCCGCCGCUGGCAUCCGCGCCGGCGACUACAUCGUCGGCGUUGGCAUCAAGAAGAUGAAGUCCAAGAAGCACCUGGUCGUCACAGUCCGCAAGCGUGUCCCAGGCAUCGUCGAGACCUUUACCCUUCGUCGCGAUGGCGCCAAGCUCAAGGUUGACGUCAUGUACGGCGCCAAGGAGUACUCGACCGCCGAGCUCGCCGAGCUGGCUUCAGCUGCCGGUGGCAAGGCCUGGUUCGACGACGUCGUUGCCCGUGCCCUUGUUGCGCCCACGCCCAAGAAGGACAAGGGUAAGAAGAAGAAGAAGAAGAAGAAGAAGAAAAAGAAGGGCAAGACCAAGGACGCUCACUCGCCAUCAAGUUCGCGCUCGGGCUCCGAGUCCGACUCGGGGCUCAUCACCGCAUCCACCUCGGUCGCGGCUCAACACAACCCGUCCGAGUCUGAUGCUCAGACCGCGCCCGAGCCUGCACCCAAGUCUGCGCCAGAGCCCGAGCUUGCUGGCGCUGAUCAGGCUCCGCGCCUCUGCGAGCGCCUCUGCCCAUGGCUCUGA